AUGGUUGCAGAAGUAGAAGAAAAGAAAUUAUAUGAUGCAGCGACAAAGGGAGAUGUAGUUACUUUCCAAACACUUCUACGACAAGAUCCAUUUCUUGUUGAUCAAGUUUCAUUUUCACGUUCGAGAAAUCUCCUACACAUAGCAACAAUUCAUGGACAAGUAGGCAUAGUGGAAGAGUUGUUGAAAAUAAACUCGGAGCUAGCUCGAGACGUCGACUCCAAAAAGUCGUCUUCUCUUCACAUCGCAACUGCACAAGGGCACGUUGAGAUUGCCCGAAAAUUGCUAUCUGUGGCCCCAGAGAUGCGCUGGUGGCUCGACGAUCAGGGCAUGAACCCGGUUCAUAUUGCCGCCAUGAGAGGGCAUGUUGAGAUCUUGGAGAUUUUGCUUGAACAUGACUUGACUCCUGCGAUAGAGAGGCUGCAUCGCGGCCAGACUGUGCUGCACUUGUGCGUGAAACAUCGUCAGCUUGAGGCGUUGCGGUUUUUGGGGGAGAGAAUGGGUGAUCUUGUGUGUGUGAAGGAUGAUGAUGGGGAGACAAUCUUGCAUUUGGCUGUUAGGUUCAAUCAAGUUGAGAGUCAUGCAUUCAUGAUGAAUACCAAAUUGUUUAAGGUUGGAGGAUUAGGAAGGGCUGGGGCAUUAGAGAAAGAAAUGAAUGGAUUAGAAAAAGAUUUGGAUUAG